AAGUUUGGCCACCCCGUGGACUUUCCAAAAGUGCCUGACUGGUCACUGGUGGGAAUAGACGACUGAAUUAGAUGCAUCUCUUCUUAUGUGAGUCAGGGUAUCCUGUCAGAGGUAAAAACUACCUGAGAAAAUCACGGUUGUUUUUUUUUAUCUGGAAGGGACACAGACGUAUAAAGCCGAAGCGGCAGAUUCAAGUGUUACCUGUAGUGCUAAGGUGUGGAGUUACUAUUUCCGGGCAUUUAAACCCAAUUUUAAAUCUUCGUGACGACCCACAAGCGUGUACUCCGAGGGGGGCUAUAGGGUGACUACGUAAUACGAGCAUUUGUGGAGCCAGCAGCCAGGGAAGGUAACGCCAGGCUUUGACUCCUGCUCUAGAAAUUUCUACUCCUCCGCCCCCGCCCCCGUUUACUCAAGAACCAAAUUCUGGGAUCUCUCCAAGCUUCAGGAGCUACCAACGGAGAGAAGACUAGAGCGACGCAUAACUUGAACUUCCGGUAAAGGCUGAAACCCGCCAGCGGCUAUCAUUUUCUCUGGGUGCUAGGAAGUGUCUCUCUACCCGCUUGUCAGCUCUAUGGCGAAAGCGGCCCACAGGCUGCGCUGGAAGUUCAGAGUGGAAACCCCGUUGAGGCUUAGACAGGAAAUGUCGUUCAAGAGCCGCGAUGCAAGGCUUUCCCUUCCCGUUUCAUCAUCCGCUGGGUUUGUAGCACCGUCGCCAUGCCGAGGCUGAGUAAAGAGGCGAAGCAGCGGCUGCAGCACCUCUUCAAAGGCGGCCAGUUCGCUAUCCGGUGGGGCUUUAUCCCCGUCGUGCUCUAUUUAGGCUUUAAGAGAGGUGCAGAUCCUGGAAUGCCAGAACCAACCCUUUUAAGUCUGCUUUGGGGAUGAAGGAUUUAACCAUAAUAUUCUGGAAGUACGCGCUGAACAACUAAAGUUAUUGAAGAUGUAUACGUCCCAUCUAUUGAAGUUUGGCACUGACCAGCGCUUCCCAGACAUCGUAGAAUAUGCUUACCACACAAGGGAAUUUCUGUCAAUGUAAUUUAUUUGUGUCACACUUUCAUUUUCUACUGUUGGAAUAAAUGUUUCAUCUUAAA